AUGACCACCACCAUAGCUUAUCCCAUCACUACCGCCUCGCCACCACCUCCCCCCGGACCGCCUCCAGCGACUCCCCCUCCACCGCCGCCGUACCCUCCUCGACCGCCUCCGCUCAGCCGCCAGCAGGAGAGAGAGGGGCUGCUGCGUCACGCCAACAGGUUUUGCAACGACUGGGCAGACCGCUGCAGGGGUUUGCCCCCUCUCGAGCGCAUCUGCCUGAACCGCAUUCUCGAGCUCUGCCGCCACCCGUAA